GCCUAACAACUUAAUAUGUAUAUUGUAUACUUGUAUAUUGACAUUUUAGUCUCAUAUUGUUGUCACUUGAUACAGGGAUUCACAACAUAUGCUGAGAGGAGGAUUGUUGAGGUUGUGCAAGGGGAGGAGCGGGCAGCCUUAAACAUGGGGAUUGGAUGGAGGGGGUUGAACAGGAUGAUGGAGAGGUUUAAGGAUAACAUGGAGUUCACCAAGUUGAAGCCGAAGAUGGCAGGGAUUGACCCUGAUGAUGUUUACUCUGAAGUGCCCUAUGAGAAAGGUUUCCAGUUCCUUUGGAGAAUUGAGCGUGAGAUUGGCAGGCCUGCUUUCGACGAGUUUUUAAAGAAGUACAUUGCAACCUUCAAGUUCCAAUCAAUAGAUACAGAGACAUUUCUUGAAUUCCUCAAAACCAAUGUACCUGGGAUAGAAAACAAAAUUGACCUUCACCUGUGGGUUGAGGGGACUGGUAUCCCUCCUGAUGCCAUGGAACCAGAUUCAGCUACUUACAAAAAGAUUUGCUCCUUAGCUGCAGAAUUCAAAUCUGGAAAACUUCCAAGUGAAGAUGAGGUGGCAAAGUGGAGUGGGCAAGGAUGGGAACUUUACAUAAAAAAUCUACCAGCAGAUGUUGAAGCCUCACAGGUAUGGGCUCUUAUCAAAUACCAAUGUUAUCUCUCAUUUAUUGGUGUCUGA